AUCGAUUAUAAGUAGAGUACCAAUCUGAGUAACCAGUAAGGUUAAGGUUUUGUUUAUGUCUUAAAUGUGCCGAAUCUAAUAUUACUCAUAAGUGAACAACAUUAAAAAUGGAUUUUCAAAAUCGACCUGGAGGUAAAACUGGAAGUGGUGGUGUUGCAUCAUGGUCAGAGACAAAUCGAGACCGAAGAGAGAGGCUAAGGCAACUAGCUCUCGAAACAAUUGAUAUAAACAAAGAUCCCUAUUUUAUGAAAAAUCAUUUGGGUUCUUACGAAUGUAAGUUAUGUCUCACCCUACAUAAUAAUGAGGGAAGUUAUUUAGCCCACACUCAAGGAAAAAAACAUCAAGCAAACUUAGCAAGAAGAGCAGCCAAGGAAGCCAAAGAUUCUCCACAGCAACCUGCUCCAGAUAAACCAAGAAUAGAACCAAAAAAAUUUGUCAAAAUUGGUAGACCUGGUUAUCGAGUCACUAAACAAAGAGAUCCCGAAACUGGUCAGCAAAGUCUUCUUUAUCAAGUAGAUUAUCCAGAAAUUGCAGAAGGAAUCUUACCUAGGCAUCGUUUCAUGUCAGCUUAUGAACAAAGAGUGGAACCUCCAGAUAGGAAAUGGCAAUAUCUUCUAUUUGCUGCUGAACCUUAUGAAACUAUAGCCUUUAAGGUGCCCAGCCGUGAAGUAGACAAAUCUGAAAACAAGUUUUGGACACAUUGGAACAAAGACACAAAACAAUUUUUCCUCCAGUUUGCAUUUAAGAAUGAACCUCUUGCUCCUCCUAUGGGUGCACCUCACUUAGGUCAAAUGAGACCUCCACAUAUGCUGCCACCACCUAUGAGCGUACCUCCACCUCCCAUGUUUAAUCCUGUUCCACCUCCCCCUCCAAAUCUAAUGCUUGCUCCUCCUCCUCCACCUGCACCACUCCCACCUCCUCCGCAGCCUAUGAAAUAAUCUUGGUUUUUUAAUUAUCCUGAUUUAAUUACUAAGUUUUAUAAUAGUUUAUAUUAUAAUUGUAUUAUAUUAAAUGAUAUUUUACAUUAACUUACUUAAUCAUUU